AUGACAGCGGAUAACAUGGUUGAGCGCCGAGUUCGGCUUCUUCAGUCAGCUUCCGAGGACGACAUCGGCCGGCUCGUGGACCUUAUGAUCGAUGCGUUCCCAGACGACGAUCCGACAAAGAUUGGUCUCCUCGGCGGCAAGCUGGAGUUGAAGGAGGAGUACUUCACGGCGAUGGUGCGCGCUGCGUUGCUUGAAGGCGAUGUCUGGGUAGUCGAAGUGGACAAUCAAUGGGUAUCAGUUGGUCUGUGGUUCAAAUGGCCUAGCAUCCUCUUCACGACCGACGCACAAAGGGAUCUCGGGUAUAACGAGUUCUUCAAAAAGCUUUCGCCAGAGGUACAGCAUUGGUGGACGGUCGAGUACGAGGAACAGGUGGAUGUUUGGCUGAAACGGAAGACCAUCUCCAAUGAGGAAUGGGGAAGGAUGUGGUACUGCAGCUUGCUGGCUACGCGUUCCGCUCAUCAGGGCAAUGGUCAUGCGACGGCACUCGUCAACCGGGUCCUCUCCGAGGUGCAUAAUCAGGCCAAUGGCAUGAUUGGUCUUGGUACAGGCAGCGAACUGAACGUAGCCAAGUACGAAGCGAUGGGAUUCAGGGAGAGGGGGCAUAUCACGAUGCACACACCCGUGAACAGCUUCCUUUGCGCUUGGUUGACCAAGGACAUUUAG